AUGGUCACAGUUGACCGGACCGGACAAAAAUCAAUCUUUGUGAAAUGUACCACCAGUCUGAAGCUCAACUGCCUGUGCACAGGGACGACAGUAGCUUUGUGCCGGAUCAGUCUGCUGAGGGCCAUUAUGUUAUUAGAAAAGAGGAGCACGAUUCUGAGCAUCAACAUGAGCAAUCACCGACUAAAAGUAAUGCUCACAUUGGAAAAACUUUCAGGAACUGGACGAGAAAAGAUAAAGCAUUAUUUGUGCUGUAUAUGUUGCCCAUGUCUACCCAUGUGGGCAAGAUACGGCUGCUGUGGCAUCUUCUUAUUAUUCAUCUUAUUUCUGAUCAUUGUUGGUAUACUAGCAGCGAUAUUUAAAAUUCCAACCGUUGAUUUUAACGGGCCCACCAGACAUCCUGAUGAUUUAGCUCCGUUUACAAAAUCAAAUGAUACCUUAGCAUUUAGUGUAAAUUUCGGGUUAAAAAUUGCUAUUAUCAAUGAUAACUUAGAAAGCAUUACCUUUGAAUCCGUUCGCACUGUUGCUUAUUAUCCUACAGCUCCUAAUACUCCUGUAGGGGGUGGUGAGAUCUAUAAUUUGAACAUAAAAUCGUAUGGCAUCAGUAACUUUACGUUUCCAUUUUCAAUAAAGUACGACCCUAUGAGAGACGAAGGGUAUGCUAUGCUCAUAGACAUUGCUACCAAAUGUGGUCUGCUGGGCGAUACAAACAAGGAAGAUUUACUGAUACAAUAUGACAUUAUACCCACUGUGAGAAUUGCGGGAAUUGCGAUAUCUCCAGUGAUACAUCAAUCAUCGCAUUUUCCAUGUCCUAUCUCGGAGGGACAGCUAACAAUGGGCAUGGAAACCAAUGUGAAGGAAGAAAGCGAAGACAACGAAGAAGAAGAGGAAGAAGAAUAA